AUGUUAACCUCAAUCAUCUUCCUUACCCUCUUCGUAAUAUCAACAGGAACCAAGGGUACUCAACAUUUGUCUGCCAGUUCCGAUGCGGAGGAGUUGAAAGAUCGCAUUCAGGGUGCCAUCAUCGGUGUUUUCAUUGGAGAUGCCUUGGGUGUUGGCGUUCACUGGCAAUACGAUCUAGCAAAGCUAGAAGCCGAUCGAGGAUUUGUCACAGACUAUUUGGAUCCUCUACCAGGAAGCUAUCAUUCUGGGACGGAGAAUGCCCCGGGACGAGGGAAAUUGAAAGCUGGGCAGCUGGAACAGCAAGGUGUGAUUGACAAAUUGCUACUGGAAAGUCUGGCUGAGAAUUUGGAAUUGAAUCAAAAUGAUUUCUUUGAUCGUUUUGAGAAGGUUAUUCUUCGUGAUCCUGCUAUGGAUGGUACUCGACAAGGUGGAUCUCAUGGUUGGACAGACAAGUCAGUCUGCGACAUUUAUGAUUGCCGAAUCGUUCAGAAAAGGCCAUGGUCGGAUUGCGCUUCGCCCCGCAGUGAUACUCCAGAUGCCGUUGUCCGAGCCGCGUUAAUUGCCCCUUUGUACUACCAAAACCCCAAGAAAAUGGCUGUGGCAAUUCAGAAGCAUGCCAAGGCUGCGACCAUGGACAGCAGUGUCCAAGCCCAUUCGGUGGCAUUUGGCAGCAUGGUGGCUGCCGCCAUUCAAGGAGUGCCACUCACUCAUCAAAUGCGAGACUUUUUGUAUCAGCAGCCUGGUCGUGCUUUGCCAUAUACAUCGCUCCUCUCGACUCAAGAUUCGAAUCCAGAUUACGGACACUUUACCGAACCAGACAGUUUGUUGUGGUUUGGUUCUAUUGCAGACGGAGUAAAGGAAUUCAAGAAAUCAAUCAAGCCGGCUCACCGCGGAGUUUUGUUGUACGGUCAGUUUUGUGCCUUUUUCGCGUCUCUUUCAUCCGCCUAUUACUGCACCGCUCGAUUUCCAAACGACUUUGAAGAUGCUGUAUUGUGUUCCAUCAAUGGUGGUGGGCAAAAUACCAUGCGUACUAGUUUGGUAGGAGCCCUAUUAGGAGCAAAGGUUGGUCUUUCCGGCAUCCCCCCCAGGUUCAUCGAUGGCUUGGAAGAAUCUGAUUACUUGAUAUCCUUGGCGGGACGGAUAGCAGAAGCUGCCUUACGACAUAAUGACGAAGGUGACGAAUGGUACUGGCCGACAGAGAUAGACAUGGACUUUACCAUUGGUAGUGCUGACUCUGCGACUAGCCAUGCCAGCGAGGAAGCACCACCGGUGAAUGCCAUAUCUGAUGAUGAUUUUGUUGGUGCUGGUGGUGGAUCAUUCGAGCAACAAUCGGCUUUCGUCCUCGUUUUGCUCGGUGUCUUCUUUGGGAUAGUGGUAUCCUUCAUUUCAUCCAGAAUAUCAGCUUCAUCAUUAUCACCAUCACCAACAGAGCGGCUCGACGGACCACCACCCCAAACGAUGUAUGAUAGCAUCUAA